CCUUACGUGUGCAACGGCAGCGGCGCGCUCAAGUCUCUUGCCAUGCUCGCACCCUGCCCGCAGUGGCAUUGUUAUAAUUGCCCUGUAUUGUACGUCCACCACCACGUAAACCAACGUAAACAGAGACCGAGACGUACGCAGGAAUAUCGUUGAUACGAGGCAUUACGAGGUAGCUUGGCAUCGUCCAACAUCAUCGUCAAUGUCAGCGCAGUGCACCGCGGAUAUCUCGUGAAUUACGUGUUGCGGGUUAGUCGCCGCGCCGAUUAUUGAUUCUCUCGCUCGCGGCUAACUGAAAUUGUGUGCUUUUAUUUCCCUUUCGCUUCUGUUUCGGAAGCCGAGGUACAAGGAUUAUAUCGAGUAGAAUACAAUAAUCGCUAAUAAUGACGCCUCUCGCGCGCGCGCGCGCGCGCGCUGAGAAAUAGAAGGAUAAAUAGCGUAGAGAUAAAUCUCGACAUGGAUGCGCGCGAGUGCGCGCGCGCGCGCACGCCGCACACAUGCUAUCAAUUAUCAUCAUCAUCAUCAUCCCUUCGUGUGCGCUGCUUCUCUGAAAGCUGUUGAAAUAAGCGCGUCGUCGCCGCGCCGCGCCGCGCCGCGCCGCGCCGGUGCGCGGCGUUCGUCCUCAUUCGUGCGAGGAAGUGCUAUAUCAGAUCGGGUCGAAUAUGACGCGGUCCCGUCGUCCUCGGAUCGUAUCGUAUUACUCUUGACUACGAAGCGCGGACGCAAUUGGAUCCGACAACAAGUGCAGAACGAGACGAGAGUGCGCCUCAUCGAGAUAUCAUGUCUUCGAUAUCGGCGCAGGGCGUCGUCGAGCGUGCCAGCGCCGAACUGACCAAACGAAUCAAUGGCCUGGGAUUACGGACGUCGAAGCAUCAUGGGAGCGGCAAAACUAGCGUCAUGGAACGCGUGACAAACGUCUUGUGCGGUGGCAGUGGUAGCGUUGCUUAUAUGAAUUUGCAAAGCGCGAAUAAUGCGAAUGCGACGCCCGAAAAGCCCAGUCGAAGUGCCGCACAGACCAUUAACAACGUAGUAUCAGUAGGAAAUAAUAAGGAACGCUUGAAUAACGUUACUCCGAGCAGAAGUAGAAUACCCAGAAAUAGGAUGAAGAUAGCCGUUCCCCUGGCCAGUGGAGGAACCGGCGGUUACGUGCCACCGAUUACUUGGGAACAAUUGAUGCAAGAUGAUAAUUUCCUUGGGCGAUUUUUUCUCUACUUUAACUCGACGGAAAGAAGAAUUUUGGCUCAGGUUUGCACGAGAUGGAGAGACGUCCUGUAUGCGAGACCGCGUCUUUGGACGGGGCUGGUGCCGGUGGUGCGAUGCCGCGAGGCUCGCGCUAUGCAACCAAACGCACGUACCCGACUUUACGCUUCUUUAGUAAGAAGAGGCUUCGAUUCGCUAGUUCUCUUAGGUGCGACCGACGAAGAUAUUCCGGAAUUAACACGCGGUUUUCCGUUGGCUCAACGUUACGUGCAUUCUCUGUCAUUGCGAUGCUGCGCAGUAACGGACCGAGGUCUUGAAACUCUCUUGGAUCAUUUGCAGGCUUUGUAUGAGCUUGAAUUGGCCGGCUGCAAUGAGAUAACAGAGGCUGGCCUGUGGGCAUGCCUUACUCCCAGAAUAGUAUCGUUGUCUUUGUCGGAUUGCAUUAAUGUCGCCGACGAAGCCGUCGGCGCCGUGGCUCAGCUGUUGCCGAGCCUUUACGAGUUUUCUCUGCAAGCUUAUCACGUUACUGACGCUGCUCUUGGUUACUUCAGUGCAAAGCAAAGCAGUGCACUUAGCAUCUUGAAACUGCAAUCCUGCUGGGAGCUCACAAAUCACGGCGUAGUAAAUAUUGUGCAUUCCUUACCUAAUCUGACUGUACUGUCACUUUCUGGAUGCAGUAAAGUAACAGAUGACGGAGUUGAAUUAAUUGCAGAAAACUUGCCAAGACUUCGUUCCUUAGAUCUCAGCUGGUGCUCAAGAAUUACAGAUGCAGCCUUAGAAUAUAUCGCCUGUGAUUUGAAUAACUUAGAAGAACUCACAUUAGAUAGGUGUGUACACAUUACUGAUAUCGGCGUUGGUUACAUCUCCACGAUGGUUUCAUUGAGUGCUUUGUUUCUAAGAUGGUGUUCACAACUUAGAGAUUUCGGACUUCAACAUUUAUGUGUCAUGAGAUCUCUACAAGUGUUAUCUGUGGCAGGUUGUCCAUUGCUCACAAGUAGUGGUUUAUCUAGUCUGAUACAGCUUCGACACUUACACGAGUUAGAACUAACUAAUUGUCCAGGAACGUCCCGAGAACUGUUUGACUAUUUACGUGAACAUCUACCACGUUGCCUAAUCAUCGAAUAAACAUUUAAUAAAAAUAUCUGCGAAUAAAAUUCUUUGUAAUAUGCAAACGUGUGUGUCAAACAGAAAAAGUUAAACAGAUCUUAAUCGAAAAAAAAUCGCAGAAAGCAAUAUUUUGAAUGAAAGAUGCAGAAAGCAGUGUAACUGAUAGGAGCAGCAUAAGAAGCAACUGACGUCCAGAUAAUGAAAGAAUUACAUUUUCCUCAUAAUGGUCUAAGAGAAUACUAGCCCUCAAUAUACAUAUAAUGCAUAGACAUUUUUAAUACAUUAACGUUCCAUGCACUUCUGUUCGUUUCGUAUUUUUUCAUUCUACCACGUAAUCAUGUUCUACGGACAUGUAAGAUUGCGAUUGUAUCUAUAUCAAUUAGAUAAAAU